AUGGAUAUCAAUCUCAAACGCAAUUUUGAUCGUUUGAUCGUCAUCGCUAUCGUAUUGCUGCUCUCGUUUACAUCGCUGACGAUGUCUGCGUUCAAUAUGCCGCUUCAAAGAAUGCAAAGUGAUCGUAUUCGCCGAUUGCAAUUAGGUCUGAAAGUAGAGCCAAGAGUUUACCAGGCCGCUCGAGGACCAUAUGGAGUGAAGGUGAAAGAUUAUCGUGACAUUGUUUACUAUGGAAUAGUUUAUCUGGGCUCACAGAGUGUGCCCAUGCGAGUGGUACUCGACACCGGGAGUGCAGAUUUUUGGGUACCUGAUGUGAGUUGUCAAGAGUGCAAUUACUAUUGUCAUGGAUUACCGCAGAAAUUCGCCGAAAUACUUUGUGAGAGUGGAUGUACGACAAUUCACAAU